AGUUUCCUUUACCAACAACUAUAUAUCAAUCAAUAAUUCAACAGCCGAGAAUCUAAAAAUCCCACAGAGUAAAAACCAAAGCAUAAAAUCCCAGCCCACCCCAAAAACUUAAACACAGAAAAAAACACAUUGGAGGAGCUUCAAUUCAAGCUUUCAUAAAUCACAAUCACAAGUUAAGCCUCUUCCACGCGCUUCUAAAGCGGCUGAAUCUUAAACAAGAAACAACACCAUCUAUCACCCCCUGCCAUUGCAUGUGGUUUUAAAUACUUUAACCUCACUCACCUUUCUCUCUCGUUGAUAAACACAAUCACAACUCUUGUUCAAACACCCCACGAGCUUCUCCAGCAUUUUCAAUCCUCUUCUCUUUUAUCCUUGUCGCUCUGCACCAAAACCUCCCCACUCCUCAAUUAUUUAUUUAUCUAUCUCUUCCUCUUUUUUCUCAUACACAUUUUCUCAAACACAUGGUGCCCUCACUCCUUCGUCACUUCGCUCUAUAGCUUAAAUAACCCAACAAGUUUCCCUUCAAACCUCAACCAUGGCCCUCGAGACGCUCCUCGUGAAGGUCAAAACCGCCAUAUCAAACAGCAUCGACUCGGUUCCGCCGAAGCUCCUGAAGAAGAAACCUUCUUUCAAAGCGAAGCAGAACGUCGGCGUUCUGGCAUUCGAGAUCGGCGGCGUGAUGUCGAAGCUCCUCCACCUCUGGCACUCGCUCUCCGACGCCACCAUCGUGCGCGUCCAAAACGAUGCCUUGAACCUCGAGGGCGUGCGGAAGAUCAUCUCCAACGACGAGUCGUUCCUCCUCGGACUCGCCUGCGCCGAGUUCGCCGAGUCGCUCCGAGUCGCGGCCAACUCGGUGACGCGGCUCAGCGCGCGCUGCGAGGACCCCGCCCUGCGCUCCUUCCACUGGGCCUUCCUCGAGUUCGCGGACUCGGGCCGCGACCCGAACAUGUGGGCCCUCUCCGGCCCAAAAGAUACCGAUUCGAAGCUCAAGAAAAUGGAGCGUUACGUGACCCUCACGGCAACACUCUACCGCGAAAUGGAGGAGCUCACGGUUCUGGAAAACUCCUUCAGAAAAGCCCUGAAUCACGCUGACGGCAACAGCAAAGAUCAGCAGAAACUCUACGAGCUUCAGCAGAAGAUCUUUUGGCAGAAGCAAGAGGUGAAGGAUCUAAAAGAAAGAUCUUUAUGGAGCAGAAGUUUCGACAGUGUUGUUGUACUCCUCGUGAGGUUCAGCUUCACCGUUUUAGCAAGGAUUAAGGUUGUCUUCGGAAUCGGUCGCCACAUGCCUUGUCUAUCUUGUACUUUGUCGGCUUCCGCCACUGUUUAUCCAUCUGACCAAAACCCUAAUGGGUUUGUUUAUGAGUCAUUGGAAGAAGAAGAAGAUUUGAAGCUUGAAGAAGAAGAGGCGAAUGGGUUUUUUGCGGCAAACUCGAAGCUUUUGAGGCCACCCGAGAGCACGUUGGGGGCUUCGGGUUUGGCUUUGCAUUAUGCGAAUCUGAUCAUAGUGAUGGAGAAGAUGAUAAAGUCACCGCACUUGGUUGGUGUGGAUGCGAGGGAUGAUUUGUAUGGGAUGUUGCCGAGGAGCAUAAGGUGGGGUUUGAGGGGAAGAUUGAGAGGGGUGGGGUUUUGUGCAAGUGAUCCUGUUUUGGCUGGUGAAUGGAGAGAUGCGUUAGGGAGAAUAUUGGGGUGGUUGUCACCUUUGGCACAUAACAUGAUCAAGUGGCAAAGUGAGAGAAGCUUUGAGCAACACAAUUUGGUGCCCAAGACUAAUGUGUUGCUGUUGCAGACUUUGUUCUUUGCUAACAAGGACAAGACUGAGGCUGCCAUCACUGAACUGCUUGUGGGGUUGAACUAUAUUUGGAGGUUUGAGAGAGAAAUGACUGCUAAGGCUCUGUUUGAAUGCGCCAAUUCUAAUGGGUUAUUGUUAAAGUUGAACAAACCCAGUCAAUGAGAGCGUUCAUGUAUGAUAUAUAUGAUGAGUUUCUUUAAAUUUCUUACUCUUCCUUCAAGAGGCUCGAAUUGUGUUUCUCUUGAAGUUUAAUUAUAUGGGGGUUGAUCAUUUUAGAUGUAUUGAAAUUGAACCAAGUGAUCGAUCGAUGAUAAGGUCCUUGAUCUGGGUUUGUUUUGCUACUAACCCACCGGCAGCCACCAGGUCUGUAAAUGGAAUAUCAGUGUCUGUAAAUGCAUAUAUGAUUUUUUUUAGUGACAAACAUCUACUACAAGAAGUGUGAAUUGGCCUUCAUGAUUCAUAGUUCCACAAUCACGAGAAAAUAUUCCUUGUGUUCAA